AUGACUACAGGUACGGUGGUGCAACCGGCUGGUCUUUCAUGGUGGAAGUGGUCAUACUGGGCUCCGAAAAGCGACGGGAAUAGCCAGUCUUCUACGGACUCAGUACAAUCCAGUGCAGCACCCGAUAAUGCUGCCACGGCGGUCACUCAGGUUGCUACGAGCUCCUCGAAUUCGACAGCGCUUCAAGGGGCUCACCAGGCAGAAUUAGUUCAGGAGUUGUCUGGAUGGGGCAGGAUACGAAUUUUAUAUGAGCAGCCGAGCAUGGAACAUGAUUGCACUCAGCGAAUUGCUCGAAUGGCAUUUUUAACAGGAUUUUUCCUCGGCGGAGCAUCUACAUAUGCUCAAGCUCACGAAACUUAUGAGAGAAGUAACGUGGGGAGAAAGUAUCUUAGUCCCAGCGAUGCAUUUAAACGCAGAAUGGACUAUGCUAUCAUACGCUUUGCAAAAAGUGGAUUCACUAUGGGUGCUAAAGCAGCAUUCAUUGCAGGUUCCAUAGUGAUUUUCUCAACACAUAUGGCUGCGUAUCGACAAAAGUUUUCGUCCUGGUAUCUGCCAGCUUUUUCAGGUGCGCUCGCCGUCGCACUACACGAAGUUGGUGGUGUUUUUACGUUUCCACUUGGUGUCAUUGGUUCACUGAAGGCAGUUGGAUUGGGAGUCACGUCAGGAUUGACCUUGGCUGCUGUUGUCCAUUUGUACGCUCUCAGUAUGGAUAAGUCGGUAGAUGAUGCUUUCUGGACCUUCAAACGAGAAUACGAGAAUGAUAUGCGGUUAUCACGCGAGUGGGACGAACGAGUAACGGAACUGAUGAAAGCGGAGGGAUAUAAAUGGCGAGGAAGUGCGGCGCAGAGACUGAGAAAGCUUGAUGAAGAAAAACUUGCAGCCCAGGAUGCCUGA